AGCGCGCCAAAUUUUGUAAACAAAGCAAGUGAAGCUUUCAACCAGAUAUCCACCAUUUUGAUAAAGAAGAAGGUUUCAAGGUCACAGUUGUAAAUUAGAACUUGCCUCAACUGGCCUACCUGGUUAAAGAAAGAUUUCCCUUUUAACCUAAAGCUGACAGAUCGGGAUGUGGCUACUCGACCAGUGUCAAGCACUGUUCAACACCUCCAGCCUCUAUGGGGUGCUGGGCGUUUCCAAGGAGGCGACAGACGCAGAGAUCCGACACAGCUACUACAAGGUGUCGCUCAGGGUUCACCCAGAUCGUGCUCCCGAAGACCUGCAGGCAACAGAGAAAUUUCAGGUGCUUGGGAAGUUAUAUGCCGUGUUGAGUGACAAGGAGCAGAGGGCAGUGUAUGAUGAGCAGGGACUUGUGGCUGAGGAUUCUGACUCACUGCAGCAGGACCAAUGCUGGGAGGAGUACUGGAGGUUGCUGUUCCCUAAGAUCACAUUGGAGGACAUCCAGGAGUUUGAGAGGAAGUACAAAGGCACGGAGGAGGAGAGGCAGGAUGUGAUGCAGAUUUACCUGCAGCACCAGGGGAACAUGGACGCCAUCAUGGCCUCAGCCCUGUGCUGCUCUCAGGAGGACGAGCCCAGGAUCACAGCCCUUAUACAGACAGCCAUCCAGGCAGGGGAGCUCACGGCCUACCCUGCUUUCACCCAGGAGAGCACCAGGAAGAAGAAAACACGCAAACAUAAGGCUGAUGAAGAAAGACAAGAAGCUGAGGAGAGGCAGAGAGAGAUGGGACUCAAUGAUGCUGAUGACAGUCUUGUGAUUAUUUUAAAGCAAAAGCAGAAGUCCAGAGAGCAGAAUUUAAACUCUUUCCUGUCUGACCUGGAAGCUAAAUACUCCAAGGGAGGAAAAGCCAAAGCAGGAGGGAACGGAAAAAAGUGAAGACUUCAAACCCUUGAAGGUAGAGGUUAAGGUAUGCUAUGUGAAACCCCAAAGUUUUGUGCUUGUCUUUUUUACAUGGGAAAAUAAAGGUAAUGUGCUUAUAAAAGUACAAAGAAACCAGUCGAAGCAUGUCAGUCUUCAAAAGGCUUUUGUUUCUCCUGCAUAGUUGGACUUGCCAUUCGGGUCAUCCUACGAAAAUUGUCUUUCCUGUCCCCUACAUUAACCACCAGGAAAAACACGUAUGUUAGAUAAUGACAUGUUGUUUUAAUUUAAGUGUUUUGUUAAUAAAACAUAUGUAAAACAGAUAUUGCAAACUAUUUGUAUAUAGUGCGUUCAGAAAGUAUUCAGACCCCUUGAUUUUUCCCCCCCCACAGUACUACUUUACAGCCUUGUUCUAAAAUGUAUUAAAAAACAUGUUUUUCCUCAAU